AUGAGCACGCGCUACGUCGUUGAGAUCACGGCGAAGCCAAAGGCCAAGUGCAUGGCCUGCAAGCAGGUCAUUGGCGAGGGCGAGCUGCGCAUGGGCAUCGAGACCACGGUGGCGGAGUCUGGCCGGAAAAGCACCAAGUGGCGGCACUGGACGUGCGUGGGCUCCCGCGUUCUCACCAACGUCGGAGACGUGGACAAGGUCAACGGCCUCGACCAGCUGAGCCAGGAGCACCAGGACCUGGUGCGCAAGGCAUUUGCCGACAAGGAGGCGGGCAAGAAGAGCGGCGGGGGGGCGCCCAAGCGCCCGCGUGCGCCGCGCAAGAGCGGCAAGAAGAAGAAGGAGGAGGAGGAGGACUCUGAGGAGGAGGAGGCUGCGGAGGAGCUGUCUGAGGAGGAGGAGGAGACGGUGGCUUCCAUCGAGGGGAAAGGAGAGGAGGAGGCGGAGGGCGGCGCGGCAGCAGAGGAGGCGGCUCCUGCGGAGGAGGAGCCUGCGGCAGAGGCGGCGCCUGCGGCCGAGCAGGCGGGAGAGGAGGAGGAGGAGGAGGAGGAGGAGGAGGAGGAGGAGGAGGAGGAGGAGGAGGAGGAGGAGGAGGAGGAGCCCGAGCCUGAGGAUGAGGAUGAUGAGGACUAUGUGGAGGAGCCAGAGUCUAAGCGCCAGAAGGAGUAG